AUGACAAUUUUGAUUGUAGGAGCAGGAGCUGCAGGAUUGACGGCUGCAUAUACGCUGCUGCAGGAGGGUGUUACUGACUUUCGCAUCUUGGAAGCCAGUGACCGCAUCGAGGAGCAUUUGGUGUGGUAUGGUCCGACAGAAGGGUUUGAACCUGACUAUUCCAUUGAUUAUGCAAAUAUUUCGGACUAUCUGUUUCAAAACUAUACCUGGUUUGACUUCUUCAAUGACAACAUCGGUGUGCCAGCUGUGAAAGACUCACUUGUCUUUGAUUGUCCCGUUGAGACCAUUGACUACUCAGGUGCCACUGAUGGAGAUGAUCCCGCCAAGGCGGUCACUGCCACUUGCGAGGAUGGUACUUCCUUUGAAGGAUCUCAAAUUAUAGUUACAGCUCCAAUCCAAAUCCUGCAAGAUGGCGACAUUGAAUUCAUUCCAGAGCUUCUGGACAGGUACAUCAAUGUGAUUGACAGGAUUCCCUUUCCUGGUGGAUACAAGAUCUUCCUCAAGUUUGAACAAGCCUUUUAUCCAGAUAUCUUUUCGUCUGCGCUUGAUCCAAUUUAUCUUUACUUCUACAAUGAAGCUUACGGUGAAGACACCGAAACUGAGCAUGUCCUGGGUGUUUUUGUGUCGGGAGAAUGGGCUGAGGAAUCGGGUCAAUGGGAUGAUGAAACUCUUCUGGACUAUGUUGUUGCAAUGCUGGAUGAGAUGUUUGAUGGUGAGGCCAGUCAGUACUUGAUUGAUGGUGUGGUGCAAAACUGGGAUCGAGAACCCUUCAUCCGCGGUACUUACAGUCACUAUGACAAUACAUGGCGCCAGAUGGACCGGCUUCGCAACCCAAUCAAUGAUGUGCUCUACUUUGCUGGAGAAGCCAUUCCUGCUAGUUACACAAACUAUGGCAAUGGUUAUGCUCAUGGAGCAGCUCUGUCUGGAAAAGAGACGGCAGAGCGCAUUAUGGGUUCCGGUGGAGGUUCCGGUGGAGGAUCUGCGACAAUGCCUUGGAGUGCUUUUCCCCCUGGAACUAAUGGAGUUCUUGAUUAUAUGGCUCAUAGAGUGCAUCAAUGUGUUCGUACAAGUGAUAACAUUUGCGAUUCUAGUCUAAGAAAGCUGCUGCUAGAUAGAUUCACUACAUGUUGGACAGGGAUGUAGGGGUGUCACCCCUUGCCGACCGUACCAGCAAUCUUCUCGGAUAACAGCUUCCUUACUCGUGUUGCACUCACGUGUUUGAAAACGACGAUCGGCAAUGAUCCCUGUUGUCGGCAAUGGCAAGAUGGGCUAGGGCAAGUUCGGUC